AUGCUGUCUCCCCCACCUUUGAAACCGUCAGCUCCCUCAGCAUCACUACUCCGAUUCCUGCGUUCUCAAUCCGAUCCCCAGCAUUUUCUCGCAGUCAAUCCAUCAAAAUGUGUCCAUUCUACUUUCAAAAGAGCAACAUGCCAUCAUAGGUCAUCGCAUACAUUGGCACUGCGAAGUGCAUCGAGCUGGACAAAUGUUGAUUCCGCGCCUCGUAAGGCGGCAUUAGAAGCGCGCCUUUUUGUGACACCAAGUUUGUCGUCAAAGAGUCGAUGUCGACCCUCACCUGCCCUGUCGUUUCUUUCACCUUCAUCGUCAAGAUCUGCGUCAACAAAAAGCCGCCCCCUACUCCGCAGGCUGCUUGAUUUGCGACGUGGCAAGACGGUUGCUGAGACCAAGAUUAACCGUAGUGGUGGACCGGCGUUGAUCGACGAUGAAAUGGGGGGAAGCUUCAACAUUGGACGUGGAUUGACUGCGAAAGCAUCGAAUGAGUUGCGACUACGAUGUACGGAGUUCGAUAGCAAUGGGGACGUGACGCUUGUGAAUGGGGAAUUUAAGAAGAGUGAGCUCAUCGCAAAGUAUGGCCUUCUGCCUAGAGAUCUUCGCAAGAUUGAUUCGUCGACCCUGCCUCAUAUCCUCAUUCGGCCGAGCGCCAUUCUUAUCAACCUUCUGCAUCUCCGAGUGCUGAUCAAGGCAGACCGUGUCCUUGUGUUCGAUGCAUACGGAUCGACUGACUCAUAUAUGCAAUCGUUAUUCGUGUACGAUUUGGAAGGGAAAUUGCGACAGAGACAAUCGCCAGGUACCGGAAACUUGCCAUACGAGCUUCGCGCCCUGGAAGCCGUUCUCAUCAGCGUUACUACUGGACUGGAAGAGGAAUUCAACGGUGUGAGGGAGCCGGUGGUGCGCGUGCUUCGUGCCCUGGAAGAAGACAUUGAUAGGGACAAGCUUAGACACCUGCUGAUCUACUCCAAGAAACUGGGUACCUUUGAGCAGAAGGCUAGGCUUGUGCGAGAUGCUAUUGACGAUCUGUUGGAAGCGGAUGAUGACCUGGCUGCGAUGUAUCUCACGGAAAGCGCCAAGGGGCUCCAUCGAGAGGAACAUGACCACCAGGAAGUCGAGAUGCUGCUGGAAUCGUAUCACAAGGUUUGCGAUGAAAUCGUCCAAGCCAGCGGUAACUUGGUGACGGGCAUUCGUAACACGGAGGAAGUGGUCAAAGCCAUUCUUGACGCGAACCGAAACUCUCUAAUGCUGCUGGAUCUCAAGUUCAGCAUCGGAACCCUUGGACUUGCCACAGGAACGCUUUUCUCCGCCCUCUACGGAAUGAACUUGAAGAACUUCAUCGAAGAGUCCGACUGGGGCUUUGGUGGCGUUUCUGUAACCUGCUUCGUGAUCACCGGCAUCGUCUGCGUCUACGGACUCGCAAAGCUGCGCAAACUUCAACGUGUCCGAAUGUGGGGUGAAUCAGGCGUAGGCGGCACUCCCCUCGGCCCUCUUACCACGAGAAGCGGUGCAGUUGCCGGCCACCGAUCCAACUGGCGCGCUGACUCGAUCGAACCCGUCUGGGGCAGUUUCCCGGGCGAGGGUCGAGUUGAGAGAAUUAAACGACUCAAGGACAGCGCGGCCGCUGGUGCUGCCAGAUCUGCCGCUGCCGAUUCCACAGCACGACGGGCAGCAACGUUGAAAGAGAACGCAAAGGGGUCGGAACAUCCCAAUGACUCUGCCUAA